AUGGCAUUGAUGCGACCGCGGUCCGCCUUCAAUUUGGGCAGCCUCGCCUCGAGCCUGGCGUCGACGUCGUAUGCCUCCUCGGCAGGCGCCCCGACGCAGACGGCGGCCGUGUCAUCUUCGGUUGCUGGUGCCGCCGCCGUGGUGGCCGCCGCUGGCUUCCACAGCAGCAGCGCAGUCAGCGAGACGAAGAGGAAAAAGGUGUCGCGGAUGCGGCGAAAGGCCAACGAGGAGAAGCAGGAGCUCAAGGCGCUGAUCUGGGAGCGCACCAAGCCGGACCCCGUGCUGGGCCACCAGACGAAUGACCAGGGCGAGGAGCUGUGGAGGUCGAGCGAGCUGGCCAGCCUGAUUCUCAGCAAGGACGAGGUGUGGGGCUACAAGGAGGACCGGAGAGGGAACUUGGUCCCGGUCGAGGCCCGCGGUGACGCCGGCGACGAGGGCCAGCCGAGCCGGAAGCUCAACUUUGGCCUGACGCAGGACGACGCCGAGCUGCUCUUCAAGGACCUGCCCACUGUCAUGGUCGACGAUGGCAUCCUCGACUCGAGGCACAUCCACCGAAAGGACCCCGAGGGCCUCGAGAUCCUCUCCGACGAGCUCAACGCUCACACGAGCAUCGAGACCGAAAAGGCCGGCGUCCUGGCCCGCGUGCUGGACCUACAAAAUGCCAGCGGCAAGGGCAUCCAAGUCGAAAACAUUCGCCGGAUCACCAACCACUUUGGCGCUCGAAGCGCAGACGAGGCUGGCGAAAAGGGCCUAGAUACCGGCAGUCCCGAGGUGCAAGCGGCCGUGCUGACAUACAGGAUACGGAAUCUGCACGAGCAUCUCGAGACUGGUGCGCGCCACGACAACCAGAACAGGCGCUCGAUGACGAUGCUGGUACACAAGCGCGCCAAGCUGCUCAAGUACCUCCGGCGCACGUCGCCGGCGCGCUACGAGGCCAUCCUCCCGCGGCUUGGCCUUGAGCCGCGCGCAGUCGAGGGCGAGAUCGUCGUGGGCGGCAAGCCACGGAUGAGGAUGAUGUAGCUCGUCCCCUGCUUCUCCCUUCAAUUCAAUGCAAUGUCACU